ACUCGCUGACUUGACUUUUCCUCACCUGCAUAAAACCACGAACCAAUAGGAAGCGAGGCGCACCUUUGUUUGCCACUUGCACCUGUGCACACCCGAGCAGAGCAGCAUGUUGCACCGGAGGCUCCCCCUGGCGUUAGGCGUGUGGUCAGCGUGCGUGUGGCUGACUCUGGCCUACGAGGACGAUAUCGAGGUCAACUACGCCGAUACCUACUACAACGAAAUCACCGAGGACGAGACGCCGACAACCACGCCAAGUGCGGCUCCCUGCAACGCUCCAGACCUCACAAAAUGGGACAAAAUCUUCUCGAUGCUGGAGAACAGCCAGAUGAGGGAGAACAUGCUUCUCCAGUAUGCCGACGACAUCGUCAAGGUGGAGAUGGGAUCCCUGCGCGAGGAUAUACUUAGGUUUGUGGCGCAGUAUGGGGGCUCCUGUGGCGUUGCAGUGGAGACAGCAGGAAGAAAGAUGGCCCUGCAGCUGGAAGCCAAACUCAGAGAGUCCCUGGAUCGGCUAAAAUUUGGCGCUCAUGCUUCUGGUCCUGUUGAGGGGAACGCCGUUGGGAAUCCAAACACCCUGGAGGCGAUGCUACAGCAGCUUCUCUCCGCCACACGAACCCAAGCGACCCGACUAGCCAAGAUGGAAACCAGCUGUUUCAUCAACACAGGACCUGUGAAAGCGGCGUCCCAACAUCCAGACGUCGGAGGAGGAGGCCACCGAGAGCAAGAGGUCACGUCACAGGACAAGGCUUUGGAGGGGGUGCUAAGUAUUCUGCAGCAGACAAAAAUGGAGCUCCAGGAAGUUCUGAGGUCGUCGCGGUUAAGACGCCUACCUGCAGGUUGUGAGAUGGCGCUUCUCUUCCCCAUGCGCUCCCCUUGGAUCUACACUUCAGUGAUACCAGAAGUUCCUCUCUCACUGUCGUCCUUCACCCUGUGCCUGUGGGUGAAACCAGUCGCCGUCGCCAAUAAAACGGUGCUCUUCUCCUACGGCACCCGCCGCAACCCCUACGAGAUCCAGCUGCUGCUCAGCCACACUUCCGCCUUGUUGACCAUAGGAGGAGAGACACACCUGGUAGAGGCCCGGGGGGUGGUCAAGCCCGACGGUCCCCCAGAAUGGCUCCACCUAUGCGGGGCUUGGUCCUCUCAGCAGGGCUUGGCUUCUUUGUGGGCAGGUGGUAAAAAGGUGGCUUCCACACCAGGAGUGGCUGAAGGACACGUUCUACCAAACGGAGGUUCCCUUCAGUUGGGACAAGAAAGGAACGGGAAGGCGGGGUACGAGGAAAGGUUCGAUCUGAAGAUGGCAUUCGCCGGAUCAAUGUCGGGGGUGAACGUGUGGGACAAAGUUCUGCCAGAGGAGAAGAUUUCCCAGCUGGCUUUGCAAGACGGCCAAGGCUGCCAGCACAAGGGGAACAUAAUAGGCUGGGGCGUGACGGAGCUGGUGCCACAUGGGGGCGCUCAAUUCAUCAACUGAAAGACAAUCGGCGACAUUGUCUUUUCAUACCUACGAAACUCUCUAAGAAGCUUUCAAGCUGAAACUAAGGGAACUUCUACUUUGUGCAAAUACUUUGUAAGGGUAUUCAUUUCAACUGAGACUGCUCUCGGCAACACACAAACACUGUUGCGCAUUCAUCUUGGACAAAGUGUGUCGCGGCAGGAAAUGUGGUGCGAGCCAUGUUGACCAAAGACUUUAAGUAGGGUGAAAGAAAGUGUCUCUUGUAGGAGCCAGCACGUUCUGAGCCAAUAUUUAAAAGAAGUGAGCGCACACAGAAAACGGCAACGAGCGUUUAAAGACAAUUAAAAUGUCCAUCUAGUUUUGUACAUAAACCACAAAAUUUGUCAUUAUUUGUAUCCUGUGAUAAACUUGGUAUUUGCAAAGUUUUCAUAUUCAUAUAGAUUCAUUCUUGGAUUCAUCCCCUAUAGGGAUCAAAUAAGUACCAUGUUAGGAGUUUUAUGAUGUCAUGAGCCAUACAAGAUGUGAUCUAUCAAAAACUGCUGAGCAUUCUUCUUUAGAAUCAUUUUUUAAACUCAUUCAAAGCCUUUUUAGCUCCUUGAAGAUGAAAACAUGAAAACCCUCCAUUAUAUUUCCAAGUUUACACUCAUAUUAGACUUUUAACAUCAGCUUAGAGAAAACAUGUUUAAUAUCUCGCUUUUUUUUCUAUUGCAAAGUGAAAUUGCUGUAUUUGUCUCUUAAUGUUGUUUUUUUUAAGUAAGUGAGGGCAAUGUUUACAAGGUUUGAUAUUUUGUGAAUGAAGUUGUCGUGUAUUAUACUGUAUAUUGCUUUUGGUGUCUUUGUCACUGUCAACGGCUUGAAAAUGAAUGUAUUUUGUACAUAAAUAUCUUUUUUAGUUGGUCGAAUGCAGAGCGUGGGAUGAAUAAACACAAGUUAUAAUUA